AUGCUCCUGGAGUGGAUGAAGGAUGUCGUCGAUCCACAACUACGAGAUGAACAAGCAGGCUUCCUGCAGAAUCGAUCAUUCAUUGACCAGAUUGCAACGCUGCUCAUCAUAGUCGAGCAGUCCUUGGAGUGGAACUCAUCACUGUACCUUAACUUCGUAAGCUAUGAGAAGGCAUUUGACAGUGUGGAUUGAAAGUCCUAUGGAAGCUCCUACGGCAUUACGGCAUCCCAGCGAAGGUGGUCAACCUGAUCAAGAGCUCGUAUGAGGGAAUGACCUGCAGAGUGAUCCACAGAGGACAACUUACCAACAGCUUCCAGGUGAAGACUGGAGUCCGACAAGGAUACUUGUUAUCCCCUUUUCCUCUCCCUCAUCACCAUCGACUGGUUCAUGAAGACAUCCACCAGCGAACGCAGAAAUGGAAUCCAGUGGACCUUGUGGAGUCAACUGGAUGACUUGGACUUUGCUGACAACCUCGCACUUCUCUCCCACAGCAAGCAGCAGAUACAAGAGAAGAUCAGUGUGUUGACAGCUACAUCAGCAAAGGUUGGACUCAUCAUCCACAAGGAGAAGAUCAAGAUCCUUAAGAUCCUUAAGACCAACUUCAGCAACAUCAACCCAAUUACCCUGAAUGGAAGUCCCCAAGAGGAAGUACAGUUCUUCACCUACCUGGGCAGCAUCAGCGACCAGCAAGGUGGAACAGAUGCAAGUAUAUAG